UUGCUUUACCAGAAAUUGUCAAUUCUUUAAAAAAAAAAAAAAAAUGGAGGCAACAGAACAGUUGGUGUGUCAACCUGUGGACGCAUUUAACCCCUUGAUCACAACAACCUUUCAGGUCUCCUGCAUUCUUGUGAUUUCUCAUAUCUUUCACCUUCUCUUGAAACCCUUGGGACAACCUGGACCUUUUGCACAACUUCUUGCUGGUGUUGUGGCAGGCCCCUCAUUGUUGUCCCGUAUAAAGAAAGUUGCAGAUUUUUUCAUUCAGGCUUCUUCUGCAAAAUACUAUCAGUUUUUUUCAUUCAUAUGUCGAAUGCUUUUUAUGUUCUCGAUUGGCUUGGAAACAGACCUUCCUUAUUUAAAGCGCAACAUUCGUGUUGUAAGUAUCGUUGCAGGAGGGGGUUCAAUCCUGGCCAGCAUGUUUGGCGGACCUCUCUUCUGGUUGCUUAGCAAGGUAUUCGGAUUCACUAGUGAGCCCUUUGCCUUUUACCUUCUUAUCUUGACAGUAUUAGCAAAUUCAGCCUCUCCUAUAGUAAUUCGGAUGAUUGCAGAAUCCAAGGUUGACACCGCUGAUAUAGGGCGACUGGCAAUUUAUUCUUCCUUGAUCAAUGAAAUGUCAUGUGUAGUAGCCGUUAGUACACUUAAAUCAUUCACCUCCCUUGAUAGAUUUGGAGGUGCAAUCCUUGUUUCUCUUGUCAUGCUGGCUCUUAUCAUUGUGAACAAGUAUCUGUCAUACAUUUUAAACAGAAGGAACCGGAGCAAUAGAUUCGUUACAAACGGCGAACUUUUCCUUGUUAUGUUUCUUCUUACAAGUCUGUCUCUGUUUACGGAAUGGAUGGGCUACACAGCUAUAACCAGUUGUUUCCUGGUGGGCCUGAUGUUCCCUAGGGAGGGCAAAAUGGCUCGGACAUUGUUGCACAAACUCACUUACGCUGUAAAUACCUUCAUUCUUCCCGUGUACUUCGGCUACACAGGAUUCCAAUUUGAUAUAAGCACCCUUUUUAAUAAACUGACUCUUGCUCUCGCUGUCCUCAUGAUCCUGGUUAGCAUUGGAACUAGAAUUGUCGGCACCCUUGCUGCCUCUUAUUACCUAAAGAUCCCAUGGAAUGAGUCUCUGAUCCUUGCUUUCUUACUCAACUUGAAAGGCAACUACGACCUUAUACUCAUUAAUACACCCCCAAGACCCGAAAUGGUCUGGGCUACAGAUGUUCACAAUUUUCUUUUGACAGUAGUAGUGCUUAACACAUUGAUCGUAGCGCCAGUAGUCGCCAUUUUAUUGAACAGAGAAGAGUCUUGCGCUCAUUAUCCUACCACACUCGAAAUUCUUAAUCCAGAGAGUGAGCUCAGAAUGUUGGCUUGUGUCUAUGUCCCACGCCAUGUUUCAGGGCAUGUUAGCCUCAUGUCAGCAUUAGGUGGCUGUCCAAAUGCACCCAUCAAGCCAUAUAUGGUGCAUCUAGUGGAGCUUCCAAAGAAAAGAAAAAGUAAAUUGAUGUACCAUCAGCUAGAAGAUGGUGAUCAAUUCAGCGAUGAAGAAGAGUAUGGUGGAAAUGAUGUGCUAGAGAUCAAUGAUGCUGUUGACUCCUUCACUUCAGGGACCAAAAUUUUGAUCCACCAAAGUAAACUUGUAUCAUCCUUUCUAAGCAUAAACGAAGAUCUGUGCAAUGGGGCCGAGGACAUGCGUGUGUCUAUUAUAUUCCUUCCGUUUCACAAGCACCAAAGAAUUGAUGGGAAAAUGGAAAACAGCAUGGAGGAAAUAAGGACUAUAAACCAGAAGGUUAUUCGCCAUGCCCCAUGUUCCGUAGGUAUCUUUGUGGACCGAGGACAAACUGGGUUCCAACAACCGCAUGGCUACCCAUCUGUGCAAAACAUAGCAACAUUGUUCUUCGGUGGCCCUGAUGAUCGUGAGGCUUUAGCAUGUAGCAAAAGAAUUUCAAUGCACGGUCAAGUUAGUUUGACAGUCUUCCGCUUCAUACCAACAUCAAGUAGAAACAAUUCAUGGAUUAACGAUGCAUCCCACCAGGAUGAGGAGGUCAUCAUGGCAAUAUCAAAUGUCGGGACAGAGAACGAGAUAGACAAUGCCUUUGUGGAGACCUUUUAUAACAGGUAUGUGGCACAGGGUAAAGCCGGUUUCAUUGAGAAGUAUGUGAGCAAUGGGCUAGAGACAGCAGCUGCUCUAAAAGAAAUUGCGGAAAUGUAUUCAUUGUUCAUAGUAGGGAAGGGAGGGCGAGGGAACAGCCCCUUAACAACAGGUCUGAGCGAUUGGGAGGAGUGUCCAGAGCUGGGGUCGGUUGGGGAUCUCUUGGCAUCUUCUGAAAUGGACAUCAGUGGUUCCAUCUUGGUCAUCCAGCGACAUCGGCACUCGGAGAUAGAUAGAGGCUUCCUCGAUGACUAGUUACCGGAAAAUGUAGGUAUAAAACAUCAUACAUCAUAUAUGUAAAUGAUCUCUAGGUUAUUAGCUGCCCUUCCAAACCUUCUGAUUUAGCUUAAAUGCUGAUAGACAUAGUAGAACUGUUAGGUACGUGGAAAAACAAGUUCAAUUCCUUCAGAAUAGAUUA